GAUCACGGAGCUGCUGUGGAAGCAAUAACACUGGAUAACCAGACUGCACUGCAUUUUGCCGCACGAUAUGGCCAGUUGGAAGUAGCGCAGAGACUUCUUGCGCUUAGUGCAAAUCCAAAUGCACGUGAUGAUAAGGGACAGACACCACUGCAUUUAGCUGCUGAGAAUGAUUAUCCUGAUGUUGUGAAACUUUUCCUGAAAAUGCGACAGAACAAUCGCGCGGUUUUGACGGCAAUUGAUUUGAACGGAUUUACUUGCGCUCACAUUGCUGCAAUGAAAGGAUCACUGGCAGUGGUCAAAGAACUCAUGAUGAUUGAUAAGGCGAUGGUGAUUCAGCAUGGCAUGACAGCACUUCAUUUGGGUGCAAAAAAUGGAUUUGUGUCCAUUCUAAAUGUAUUCGAUCAUUCACUGUGGAGAAAAUGCUCCAAAAAAGGGAAAGAGAAUAUCUUGCAAAUUUUAAUUUUUAUUAUAUAUUUACAGUACGGAUUUACGCCGCUGCAUUUGGCGGCCCAGUCGGGACACGAUGCAUUGGUUCGUAUGCUGCUCAAUCAGGGAGUACAAGUGGAUGCUACUUCAACGACUAUGGUUUGUAAUUUUCAUUUUCUGAGAAAUUUUGAAUAA